AGUCAACCGACUCCCAACGAACCACCCGACCGUUAGUUGACCCGCAGAAGGGGUUUCUUCGCCAAAAAAGAAGACAAAGAAAGCUCCGCCCGUCGACGCCGUCCGCAAUGAUGAACAUGUACGGAGGACCCUUCUCUCUGUUCGACUUGGGAAUCACCGAUCCCGCCACCAUCGACUCUUUAUCCCCUUACUACAGUUAUCCUUUCGCCGCCGGAGAUUAUCCCGGACUGCGAGCCCAGUCGAAUAAUUCAGCUGGUGAUAGGGACGCCAUCCCUCCAAAGCGCCGCCACGAUGGCACGUCUCCACUUCCUCUGGGCAUGGACUGGAGUCCGCCACCUCCGAUUUGGGAUGGACAAAACAGUGUGUGGCCGCAUGACUAUCACUCGGGAUGGAGUUAUUGUGUCACAAUUCCUUCUUGGACACUUUCUUCUGAGUCCAGUAAUUCAAAAUCCAUUGUGCUUUACAAGGUUAUUGUUGGAAUACAAUCACCACAAGGAAUUACAAGUACAAGGGAAAUACUGCGCAGAUUUAGUGAUUUUGUAACAUUAUCUUCUGAUUUAAGAAAGGAGUUUCCCAAGAAGAAUCUUCCACCAGCACCCCGGAAGGGGCUAUUGAGGAUAAGAGACAAUAAUCUACUGGAAGAACGAAGGCACCUAUUGGAGGAUUGGAUGACAAAUGUGCUCUCUUCUGACAUUGACUUGUCUAGAAGUCUUUCUAUAGCAAUCUUUAUUGAACUAGAAGCAGCAGUAAGGUCAUAUUUUAAUGAUUCAAAUAAUAGCAUUCCUGAUAAAGGAGGCUCAUCUGUCGCUGGCGCAGUUCAAUCACUCCAAUGUUCAAGUGUGCUUACUACUGAUGAGCAAAGUAAAACUCUCUCUACCAUGAGACAGAGGCUAACCAGCACAAAAAACCUGGAAACUGAAGAAGAUUGUGUACAACAGAGUGACAAAGGAAAUGUGCAGCAAAUUGUUUCAAUUGAAAGGGAGAAACUUACCAAAAUACUAUGCGAUAUGGACGAGCUUAGAAGGAAGUGUUUGGAGAUGGAGGUAAGCCUAAAGCCUGAACAGCUCAAGAACAUGCAAAACCACACAUUGGAGACAGAGUCCGAUGAGCUUGAAUCUCUUAGAAGUUCACAUUCAGAACUCACGCAGGAGCUCGGAGUAUUGAAAAAACAGAAAACUGAAUUGGAAGCAAAUUUGCAUGAAGAAAGGCAAAGUAGGAAGCACACUGAGGCUACCAACAAUAAGCUGCUGCUGCAGUGCAUGGCUAUUCGCACUCGGCUAGAGGAGUGCAGUAUUGAUUUCCAUGUUGACAAUGAGAAUGAUCUAAUCACGAUGGAUACUCCAUCCCCUUAUGAUACACUAGCUGCAUAUGAUGAUCGAAUGGGCUUUCUCCUUUCAGAGGCAGAGCUCCUAGCCCGAGAUGUGGAAAAUGCUAAUAAUGGCAAUUCAGGGAUAAGGGAUGAUGUUGAUUUGAGAAAAAUGAUCACUCACUUGCUCACUGACAAUGCCAGAUUGAUGAAGCAGAUGAAUAGAGUUAUUCGAUGUGCUCUUUGUGUGGCCCAGAAGUCUGAGAUAGACGAGGAAGAGAGUAGCCCAGAAAAAAAUGUUCUCCACUCAGAAGAAUGAAGUUUUUGAAGAUGGUGUCCCAUGUGCGUGAUUUAGGCAAAAAUAAACUCUAUAAAAAUGCACUUCUAGCUAGCUAGUUUAUUUUCCAGGGCAAGGUGUGUCUCUAUCAUUGGCCCUUGUGAGUUGACAAAAUAAAUGAGCAACUGCAGAAAUGGCUGCGUCAUAGUUGAAGAAAAAACUUUGUCCAGAGCCGAUAUAGGUGAAGUACAAUCAUGGAAUUUUAACUAAUAUUUAUAAUAAUACCGUGAAAAUUAUUAUUGGUACCUCAUGAAUUCAUUCUGUGUUUUCAGUUAUUCAUUGGCAGCAUUAAUAUUAUUUUCAAUA